UCAAGGAAGGAUCUAGAACUAGAAGAAGACCAAGACCAAAACUGAUAAGCGGAUCCAACGGCCCAAAAACAAAAGAGAAACAAAGCGAAUUCUAGAGCCUUCUCUCUACGAGUGAAAUCCCCACUCAUAUAAAUGCCUCACCAUACGGGUGAAAAUGCCAGAAGCUGUGUGAAAUAUUCGUUGCGUUUGCGUGUCCAGAGCCUUCUUUCUGUUUUUGAUCGAGGAAGAAGAAGAUGUUCGGCAGAGCACCGAAGAAGAGCGAUAAUACAAGGUACUAUGAAAUAUUGGGGGUGUCGAAGAACGCUUCACAAGAUGAUUUAAAGAAGGCUUAUAAGAAAGCCGCCAUCAAGAACCAUCCUGAUAAAGGAGGCGAUCCUGAGAAGUUCAAAGAGCUAGCCCAGGCUUAUGAGGUUUUGAGUGAUCCUGAGAAACGUGAGAUAUAUGAUCAAUAUGGUGAGGAUGCGCUUAAGGAAGGAAUGGGUGGGGGUGGUGGUGGCCAUAGCCCCUUUGACAUUUUUGAAUCCUUUUUUGGGGGGAGCCCAUUCGGAGGAGGUGGUAGUAGCCGGGGAAGGAGGCAGAGACGGGGAGAGGAUGUGGUACAUCCAUUGAAAGUCUCGUUGGAGGACCUGUAUCUUGGCACUACGAAGAAGCUUUCUCUAUCCCGCAAUGUGAUUUGCUCCAAAUGCAAUGGCAAGGGGUCGAAAUCUGGAGCUUCAAUGAAGUGCCCUGGUUGCCAGGGUACAGGUAUGAAGGUCUCAAUAAGACAGCUUGGCCCAUCAAUGAUUCAGCAGAUGCAGCAUGCUUGCAAUGAAUGUAAGGGUACUGGUGAGGCAAUUAGUGAUAAGGAUAGAUGUUCCCAAUGCAAGGGAGAGAAGGUUGUUCCGGAAAAGAAGGUGUUGGAGGUUAUAGUAGAGAAAGGAAUGCAACAUGGCCAGAAAAUUACAUUCCCUGGUGAAGCUGAUGAAGCUCCUGAUACAAUCACUGGGGAUAUAGUUUUUGUCCUUCAACAGAAGGAGCAUCCUAAAUUCAAGAGAAAGGGAGAUGACCUCAUUGUAGAACAUAAUCUAUCCCUCACUGAAUCUCUUUGUGGCUUCCAGUUUGUACUAACACACUUGGAUGGAAGGCAGCUGCUUAUAAAAUCGAACCCUGGAGAAGUUGUCAAGCCUGACUCAUUCAAGGCAAUUAAUGAUGAGGGCAUGCCCAUGUACCAACGACCAUUCAUGAAGGGGAGGCUAUACAUCCAUUUCAAUGUGGAGUUCCCUGAUUCUCUGACUUUAGAUCAGGUUAAGGCACUCGAGGCAAUUUUGCCUCCAAGGCCAUCCAGUAUGUUGACAGACAUGGAGCUGGAUGAGUGUGAGGAGACUACUCUGCACGAUGUUAAUAUGGAAGAGGAAAUGAGAAGGAAGGACCAGCGCUCACAACAGGAGGCAUAUGACGAAGAUGAUGAUAUGCCUAGUGGUGGACAGAGAGUUCAAUGUGCCCAGCAGUGAUGGGGCUGGAUUUAGUGCUGUAGUAGUUUGAAUCUAAUUCUGGACCUCCAAAUAUUAAAAUGUCAUAUCAAUUUGUGAAACAUAUGAUGAUCAUGGAAAAAUCUUCAGGAAAUGACAAGACAAUUACUUGCCUGCUUUUAUCAAUGGUGGAAAAUAUCCUGUUGAUGCGAUGGUUCUUCCUUCUGUUUGUGUUACCAGUUAUGGAUUGUUGAUCUUGAUCAAGUUUCUAGUUCUCUCUUAUUCCUCUUAUUAUGUUCUUAGUUGAAUAUCUGGAUUCUGACAA